CGGGCGCCAAGUCACCUCUCCAUAUCCUCACCUAUGUCAUACUUCCUUCCACACCUACCCAGUGGCUGGCACGUCGAUGAAGCCAUCAAAUCUGAAGAGGACCGUGUCGUUGUGAUCCGCUUUGGCCACGACUGGGACCAUCAAUGCAUGACGAUGGACGAGACCCUCUACUCUGUCGCAGAGAAAGUGCAGAACUUUGCAGUCAUCUACCUCGUAGAUAUCACUGAAGUUCCGGAUUUCAACAAGAUGUACGAGUUAUACGAUCCGUGCACCGUCAUGUUCUUCUAUCGUAACAAGCAUAUCAUGAUUGAUCUCGGAACCGGUAACAACAACAAGAUAAACUGGGCAAUGAAUCACAAACAGGAGCUGAUUGACAUCAUCGAAACUGUUUACCGCGGAGCCUCUAAGGGCCGUGGUCUUGUCGUAUCUCCCAAAGAUUACUCCACUCGUUACAGGUAUUAGACUUAUCUCUGUGCCUCUUGCGGUCUUCUCCCCUGCACUUGUGCCAAAUUAUGUAUAGCAACAAACGUGAUGUAUACCUGUGUGUUUCCCGCUUUGUACUGUUAUCGAAUGUUCAUGAGUAACCCCAUUAAUAUUGUUGUCCCUCAACUAUUGCUACUGGAGAACAACAAAGAAGAAACUCUAUCAUAGCCCCUCAUAACGCCACAUGCAAUGCACGACCUCAGGGACCGGCCUGCGGUAUGGGGUGCUGUUUUUUUCCAUGUACAGCAAUACACAUGUAGGCGCAAGGCAAGGAACAAUUUGAGGGACUACAUCGAGUAUUGCCCGGGAUCGACCUUUUGCGAACGUGUGGAUAGCUAGGAACGAUACAGCAAUCAAAUUCCCCUAGCCACAACGAAUAAACUAUUUGG